UCACACUGAUCUCUGCAGUACCGCACUUGGGAAAGCGCGGUGGACCCCUUGAUAGUUGCUCUUCCACAGCACUGCUUUUCUUUUUAGAAACAGCAGCCCUUUGACUCUGCGCCUUCUGUCUCUAAGGUGCUGUUUUCUUGGAUAUCGGCAGCAUGUUGCCUGAUCUGGCUCUUGAAAUACGAAAGUUCGUGGUAACCAAGUUAAGAAAAGGUUAGAUUCUCUGCCUCUUGGGCUGUCCUUUCAGCUGGCAAUAAGGCUUUUUUCACCCACACGCCUGCAUUAAAGAAAUCUGAUUUUUAAGGAUUUUUGUUGCUUAAAACCACUGCUGUUACACUCAGGAUAGCGCCAGAAGAAAGGAUGGUUAUAUUAAUUUAGCUCUACUUUUCGUUGUCUGUUAUUCGCUCCUGGUACGCAGGUAUUUAUUUGAUCUGAAAUGUAGCACAGCCAGAAGCCUAGUGCCCUGUUAAGUGGGGCCUUGGCUUAAUGCAAGUUGAGUGGAAAGUGUCAUCUGCUGAAUUCUCUAUGCCAUUACAUCUCUUGAUGGCCUGUACUUCUCAGACCUCUUAUCCAGGCACAGAUCACGCACAGCCCUUUUUAGCUGUGAAGACUGAAUGGAUCACGACAGCUAUUGAAGCACUGCGAUGCUGCUGGGAAAGCUCGUACAGCCAGCUCGCAGCCUGAAGAAACUGUCAUCCCUGGGCAUACGCAGACACUUCUGGGGAUGGCUGAAUGCAGUCUUUAACAAGGUGGACUAUGAACGUAUACAGGCUGUGGGCCCUGAUAGAGCAGCUUCUGAAUGGCUCCUGCGGUGUGGGGCGCUGGUGCGUUUCCAAGGCUAUGAAAAAUGGCAGCGUGACUACAAUGGUCUACCAACAGGGCCAUUAGGGAAAUACAAGAUACAAGCCAUUGAUGCCACUGAGUCCUGCAUCAUGUACAGAGGAUUUGACUAUUUGGACGGUCUUGAACAUGUUGAAGAAAUUAAGCUGUGCAAAUGUAUGUAUAUCCAGGAUGAGUGUCUGCAGAGACUGAGUCAAACUAUGAAUUUACAGAAAAGUCUCCUGAGGCUGGAGAUCACUUCCUGUGGGAAUGUCACAGACAAAGGCAUCAUAGCCCUCCAGAAGCUAAGGUACNUAGAAUAUUUAUUCCUGAGCGACCUUCCUGCAAUAAGAGAGAGAGAAACUACUGUUCAAAUCCUUAAGCAAUCACUGCCGUCACUGGAGGUGAAACUCGAUUUAGAAUAAAAAUCACCUUUGUAUAACUGAAGUAUGUUAUUUUGUAUUUAUCAUGAAUUGUAUUGAUUAUGUUGCAGUUGCCACUGUAUUGCAUUUCCUGCUACAACCAGCCUUCUCAUUCUGGGCUUUGCAGCUAUUUCAAAAACCUGACCAAUUGCAUAAUUAAAUUUCAUUAAAUUUAAUUUAUUCUGUCAGUUAAAUACAACCGAGAAGACGUACGUGGAAUUUUAAGUUCUGGAGUCGCUGAAAGAGCUAACUUGAAGAAAAAUGAAAACAUACCCAUCUGCUAAAGGAGAAUAUAAAUUAAAAAUCUGCGCUCUCAUGCACAAAUUACAGUUAUUUUUAAAUGUGCUACAGGCUUCUAGUCGAAUAUGGAAAAUAAAUUUGUGCCAUUGCUAAAGAAUUACAGUACCAGAAUGAUGUUUGUCACCUCUUAUUUACUACCCGAAUGAGGGCCUUACUUAGUGGGUGUGGGGAAGAUAGCUUGCUGUUAAUUUCUUCACAUUUGGAUAGACUGCAGGGGGUGUGCUGAACACAAUAAGUUUUUCUCUGCAAAACUUGAUUUUUUGGAGCGUGUUCUUAUGCUGACUGCUGCUUUAGAUCACUGUGGGCUGAAUGACACCUUCUCCUUACCCUAGAACAAAUUGUGUGCACACCAGAAGACUUAAUUAGUAUCAAAUACUUUGUAUUGCUGCUAACUAAGAAGAUGAUCUAUCUU